UUGAAAAAACGUCCACAAAUUUCCUCAAAACCCCCAUGAACGAAGAACCCACUUCUUCAAUUCCACUUCCAAAUUCGCCAUAGCUUCCCAUGGUUUCUUGAUAAUUUUCCUUCUACUUGAUUUCCUGUUCGUUUUCUGGGUUUGCUCUGAUUUAGUGUAGUUUUCUCGGGAAAGUUUACAGAUUCGUUCGUUCGACUGAGAAAAUGGUGAACAGGGCUUCUUCAACGUCGUCUUCUCCGGUGAAGAUUACAGUUUCUUCAGGAAGUAAAGGGGGCGGUGGAAUUAGAUCUAUGGGUUUAACGAGCCCGGUUUCUCGUAGUUCCAUUUCGAACAACCCCAAUUCCCCUCUCAGUGGCCGAGGAAACAGAGCCUCAAGCGGCGGAAACCGCCGAUCGAGCGGAGGGAAGUUCGUUUCGAUGUCGAAGGACGAUGCUGUUGAAGAGAGUAACACCGAGUUCGUUACGUACACUGUUCAUAUUCCCCCAACCCCAGAUCACCAGUCCAUUUCUGACUCCCAAACCAGCCUCCCUGAGGAGAAUUCAAACAUGGCGAAACAGAGGAGCUUCAUUUCUGGUACAAUUUUCACCGGAGGUUUCAAUUCGGUGACUCGUGGGCACGUGAUCGAGUCGCUGAUGAACCCGACCGAGCCGAUCAAAUCGGUGCUUGUUUGUGGGAUGAAGGGCUGCGACGAGAAGGCGUUGAAAGGGAAGAAGAAGGUUCCAUGUGAGUGUGGGUUCAGCAUUUGUAGAGACUGUUAUUUGGAGUGUCUCGGCCAUGGUGGUGGUCGUUGUCCGGGCUGUAAAGAGCGUUACCAAAGCGUUAGCGAUGAUGAAGAGGAGUCGGACUCUGAGGCAGAGGACCAAGCUUUGCCAUUGCCUUCAAUGACUGAUCCAAAGCUUGACAAAAGGCUCUCCCUGGUGAAAUCAUUCAAAGCUCAGAAUCACCCGCCCGACUUUGACCAUGCCCGGUGGCUUUUCGAGACCAAGGGAACGUACGGGUAUGGCAAUGCAGUGUGGCCAAAGGAUGGGUAUGGGUUCGGCUCUGGGGCGAACGGUUUCGAACACCCGCCGGACUUUGGUGAACGAAACCGACGGCCUUUAACCCGAAAAGUCUCAGUUUCGGCUGCCAUUCUCAGCCCAUACAGAUUGCUUAUUAUGAUUCGUUUUGUGGCACUUGGUUUCUUUCUAACAUGGAGAAUUAGACAUCCUAAUCAUGAAGCAAUUUGGCUAUGGGGAAUGUCCAUAACUUGUGAACUCUGGUUUGCAUUAUCAUGGCUAUUAGAUCAGCUUCCAAAGCUCUGCCCUGUGAACAGAGUCACUGACCUCUCUGUUCUCAAGGACCGAUUCGAGUCCCCGAAUCUCCGAAACCCCAAAGGCCGAUCCGACCUCCCAGGAAUUGAUGUGUUUGUAUCGACUGCUGAUCCCGAGAAAGAACCUCCCCUCGUGACGGCCAACACCAUUCUCUCAAUCCUUGCUGUGAACUAUCCCGUGGAAAAGCUGGCUUGUUACUUAUCAGAUGAUGGUGGUUCCCUUCUAACAUUUGAGGCACUUGCUGAGACAGCCAGCUUUGCCCGAGUCUGGGUUCCAUUCUGCCGAAAGCACGGGAUCGAACCAAGGAACCCCGAGGCGUAUUUUGGGCAGAAGCGUGACUUUCUUAAGAAUAAAGUCCGGCUCGAUUUCGUUAGAGAGAGGAGGAGGGUGAAGAGAGAGUAUGAUGAAUUCAAGGUAAGAAUCAACUCAUUACCAGAGUCUAUAAGGAGAAGAUCAGAUGCUUAUAAUGCCCAUGAAGAACUGAGAGCAAAAAAGAAGCAAAUUGAGAUGGGGGGAAAUCCCUCAGAACAAAUCAAGAUUUCUAAGGCAACUUGGAUGUCAGAUGGCUCUCACUGGCCCGGAACUUGGGUUUCUGGUGAAACCGAUCACUCUAGAGGAGAUCAUGCUGGUAUAAUUCAGGCUAUGCUAGCUCCUUCAAAUGCAGAACCAGUUUAUGGAUCAGAAGCAGAUGGGGAGAAUUUGAUUGACACAACAGAGGUGGACAUCAGAUUGCCAAUGCUCGUUUAUGUAUCUCGUGAGAAGCGGCCAGGCUACGACCACAACAAGAAAGCCGGGGCGAUGAAUGCCCUUGUCCGAACCAGCGCGAUUAUGUCGAAUGGCCCGUUCAUUCUCAAUCUUGACUGUGAUCACUACAUAUACAACUCCUUGGCUUUGAGGGAGGGGAUGUGCUUUAUGCUUGACAGGGGUGGUGAUCGGAUUUGUUAUGUGCAGUUCCCGCAAAGGUUCGAGGGGAUCGACCCGAACGAUCGGUAUGCCAAUCAUAAUACUGUGUUUUUUGAUGUGAGUAUGAGGGCUCUUGAUGGGUUGCAGGGGCCAAUGUAUGUGGGGACCGGCUGCAUUUUUAGGAGGACAGCUCUGUAUGGAUUUAGUCCUCCUCGAGCCACUGAGCACCACGGCUGGUUCGGUAGUCGAAAAACAAAGCUGCUUCUAAGAAAGUCGAGGGUAUCGAAGAAGGAAGAUGAUGAGAUGGCAGCUGCAAUCAAUGGAGACGAUCAUGAUUGGGACGAGGAUGCAGACAUUGAGUCCUUGCUUCUGCCAAAGAGAUUUGGGAACUCUACUUCUCUGGCUGCAUCGAUCCCGGUCGCUGAGUUUCAAGGAAGAUUGCUCCAAGAACUUCAAAGCAAGGGCAAUCAAGGUCGACCGGCUGGUUCCCUCGCUGUGCCUCGAGAACCAUUAGAUGCCGCCACUGUUGCUGAGGCCAUCAGUGUCAUAUCUUGCUUCUAUGAAGACAAAACAGAGUGGGGAAAAAGAGUAGGAUGGAUCUAUGGCUCUGUAACAGAGGAUGUGGUAACUGGCUAUAGAAUGCACAAUAGAGGAUGGAGAUCAGUGUAUUGCGUUACCAAGCGUGAUGCCUUCCGAGGGACAGCCCCAAUCAACCUCACCGACCGGCUCCACCAGGUGCUCCGGUGGGCGACGGGAUCAGUUGAGAUCUUCUUCUCGAGGAACAACGCCCUGUUCGCUGCCCGAAGAAUGAAGUUCCUUCAAAGAGUAGCAUAUUUCAAUGUGGGGAUGUACCCUUUCACAUCCUUUUUCCUCAUUGUCUACUGCUUUCUGCCUGCAGUCUCUCUGUUCUCAGGGCAGUUCAUAGUCCAAUCCCUCAGUGCAACAUUCCUCAUCUUCCUACUCGCCAUCACCAUCACUCUAUGCCUGCUCGCCAUCCUCGAGAUCAAGUGGUCAGGGAUCACGAUCCACGACUGGUGGCGAAACGAGCAAUUCUGGCUAAUCGGGGGGACAAGCGCGCACCCAGCAGCGGUGCUGCAGGGGCUGCUGAAGGUCAUAGCAGGAGUGGACAUCUCAUUCACAUUGACAUCAAAAUCAGCCACACCGGAGGACGGGGACGACGAAUUCGCCGACCUAUACGUGGUGAAAUGGAGCUUCCUGAUGGUGCCUCCAAUCACAAUAAUGCUGGUGAACAUGAUUGGGAUUGGGGUGGGAGUAGCAAGGACACUGUACAGUCCAUUUCCAGAAUGGAGCAAGCUUGUAGGGGGAGUGUUCUUCAGCUUCUGGGUGCUGUGCCAUCUCUACCCCUUCGCUAAAGGACUGAUGGGGCGUCGGGGGCGGGUUCCAACGAUCGUCUACGUUUGGUCCGGGCUUCUGUCGAUCAUAAUUUCGCUGCUUUGGGUCUACAUUUCUCCUCCUUCUGGGGCAAAAGAUUAUAUGAGAUUUCAAUUUCCUUGAUCGAAAUACGAGAAUUUGGUUGUGAAUCAUCAUUAUAUCUCUCAACUUCGUGUUGUAUUGUAUUGGGGAAGUAGACGUAUAGAUAGAUUGGCUUGUUUGCUUUGUGUUUUUGUGUUGAAGGGAAGAAGUUAGAUUGGAUUUUGUUUAAGUAGUAGUAAGCUUCCAAUUUGUUUUGUAAUUCUCUCUCCAUAUAUAUAUAUAGUAAAUGUGAUGAGAAGAAGAAUAUGGUCUUCUCUUGGGAUCUUA